AUGGAAGGGGACGACUAUAUGUACACAAGCGCUUACAUCUACUAUACGUGUAUAUGCGAGCCGUGGCUGUGUAACUUCACUUUCAAUGAUAGCUACGAUAGCUCAGAAGAUAGUUCAUUUUUUGACUCGGAUUACGUGUUUGAUGACAGCAUUUGCGGCAACAACGAUAGCGAUGAGAUACCCUUUGCUAGAAGGAUAAUAUUGAUCAUUGUCUACGCAUUAACCGUGAUGGUAACGAUCAUUGGUAACACUACAGUCAUUGUGGUACUGUCAUGUGGAUCCAGAAGCAUUUCCGAAUUGAAUAAAUUCAUCAUCAAUUUGGCUGUAGGAGAUAUGAUGAUGGCAAUAUUUUGUAUGCCAUUCACGUUCGUACAUGGAUUACUACGAAGAUGGGUCUUUGGCGAAGUUAUGUGUCCAUUGGUUCUCUUCCUGCAACAGAUCUCUGUUGGAGUGAGUAUAUUCACACUGACAGCUAUUGGAGUCGACCGUUAUCAGGCAGUCACUAACCCAAUCAAAGCGAAAGUGUCAACGUCAAGAACCAAGUUUAUCAUACUCGGCAUCUGGUUAUUAUCACUUAUCAUAUCAAUAGAACCACUGAUCAACGCGAGGGCUGUGCUGAAGGAAUCCCGUAGCGGUGACUGGUACUACCAAUGCGAUGAACAUUGGUCACAUCAGAGCACCGCCAUCGUUUACGAAAUACUCAUGUUUAUAUUCGUAUUCGUUGUACCACUUGGAAUACUUUGUUGGGCGUACAGUACAACGGCGAUACGUAUCUGGAGAAGGUCGUUGCCAGGCAACGCCCAUAAUGACAGGGAUGCUGCUCAUCUUGCCGCGAAGAAAAAGGAAGACCUGAAACGAUUGACCAAACGAAUCAGAAAUGGUGAAGCAAUGAAGAGCCACAGAAGGCGGAUCCGUUUAUCUAUAUCUUCGAAUGGAACCAGUCGCUCGUUGAGAAGUGCAGUGACAGCCAGAUUCACGAUGUCCUCCGGUUUCCAAAAACAAACGGAAUCCUGCCUUGCACAGGAUAACACUUGA